CCUGUAUGAACCCCCUUAUAGACACAGGUACACGUAUGGAGAAAUACACAAUUACUAACAACAUGGCUUGUCCAUUCACCCACGACCAAAUCGGAUCUAAAAAGUAAAAACAUGGUCUAACCCGGAAGAUCGCUUGGAACUUGUAGCGCCAUUUUGCCUUGGAACUUAGAAGCAGACGACAGAGUAAAUAAAUAUGGCGGGUAAUGAUAGCAUAGACAAUUCCACGGAGUACUGUUUGUUGUUUCCACGGACGCCACAUUAUUGUGACAUACUGAUCUACACUAGAGGUAUUUCUGGAGGUCUGUCCCUCCUGGGAAGUUCCCUUGUUCUCUCUAUAACAUGGCUGUUCCGGAAGUACGCAGCGUUUGUACAGAGGAUGAUCAUUUAUCUGAGCAUUUCUGCUUUCUUCCACGCCAUUUCGUUCAUGAUGGGAGGUGUUUAUCCCUUGGGAUCUGCCUGUGUGUUUAAAGGUUUCUGGGUUACGUAUUUCCACUGGGCGGUAUUAUUAUGGGACGUACACAUCACAUGUAAUCUCUAUAGAAACGUCGUCAAGAUGGAAUCACUGGAGAAGUUUGAAAAAAUAUUCUGUCUAAACUGUUGGGGAAUACCGUUGGUGAUUGCCAUCGUUCCUCUCGCAGCUGGGAGGUACGGACCUGCGGGGGCUUGGUGUUGGAUUGUUGACGAGUGGGAUUUGGUGAGACUUUUCAUGUGGUACAUCCCGCUCUUUCUCGGGAUAUUCUUCAUGAUCACCGUCUACCUGUUUAUAGUCAUCACAUUGAACAGGAAGGCUUCCACGUGGCAUGGAACCUAUGACCCGGAUGUCGAACAGAAGAAGGCACGGAUGCGUAACGAUAUAACCGCCUUACGUUUCUAUCCUUUGGUGUUCUUACUCAUCAAUAUAAUCCCACUGAUAAACAGGAUACAAAAUGUUACACAGGAGGGCAAGCCUGUAUUCGGACUGAUCCUCGGACAGUGUAUUACAGCCCCUCUACAAGGUGCAUUGAAUGCAAUGAUAUUUGGUGCUGACAAAGAUACAAUGAGCCAACUCACAUGGCCCAGUAUAAAGAUUGCCUUCCAAUCAAGAUUUAAGAGGAAAGCACUAAUUCGGGAAUAUGUGAUAGAAGAGGAAAUAACUGUCUCAUCACCAGGUGGCAGCACCAACAACGCCAUAGAGGUCGUCAUGGAUACUCAUAUAUAGCGUCAUGGCCAUGUUAACGGUUUUUGUUUUUGUUUUAAGUACAAAAGUAUUAUAGACAGUAUCGAUUGAUAUUCAAACAAACUACACGUGUAUGUCAUCGGGUAUACGUGUUCUUCUUUCUCUUUGCAGUUCAUAGAAAGAAUCAACUUAGCAGUUUUUAAAACGCAGAACCGCACUCUGGCAUUAUCGAAAAAGUCGUAUUACUUUGCAAUGGACCAUCAGAACACUUUAAAGGUGGUGAUAAACAUAUGGCAUUAUUAGAAUAACCAAACAGCCACCAAUUUACGAGUGUGCCAUAUCGGUAUGUUUUUACAUGAAAAUCACGGGAAGUUUUCCCCUAAUGUUUUUUUUUUUCCAAUUACACUGAUAUAUAAAUGUAUUGUGCUAGGGACACAGAAAUGAAUAGCAUAAUGUGAAUUAAGUCAGAUAUAGAAUGUCGCUAGCUAGCUGUUUCAUCCUUCGAGGGAUCAUCAGUGAUGCUUACGUCAAAAAUUGGCAAUCCAGCAGGGAAGUCAGGACAAAUGGAUUUAGACCAGUGUUGUAGUGUAAUGAAAUUAUAGGGGUGCGAGAGUACGUAUUGAUCCUAUUUUAUAUUUAAUGGCAUUACAAAGACAAUACUCGCAGAUAAUACAUGCAUGAUAUUAUGUUCAGAAAAUACAGGUUCUUUCAUCGAAACCAUUAGUUGAUCGAGGGUCUGCGACAAUUGUUUUGUAUUGAAACUUUUCCUUAUAUAUUUUUUAUAUAUUAGUAUUUAGACUUAUAUCAUCCCACUGCAAUGCAUUGAUAAUGCAAUAUGUUUUGUGAGAACAUAUCUCCGUUUGGACACGUGACCACUAUUAUCACAUUUUACCAAUGAGAUAUCGAAAAUAAUUCAUUCUAUAAAAGUUGUUUUUUCACUAGUGAAACUAUCACUUUUUUAUUUGACCAAUCAGAAAACUGCUUACAAACGACACUGGGGGAAAUUGAAAGCUUACUCGGUAUAUUUUGUUAUAAAAAUGUGAUAAACAGUAUGUCUACCAGUAUCUUCGGUAAUACCAAAUAUAUUACACUCGUGUGGCUAAUAUCUUGAUAAAUAACCAAACAUCAGCCCCAUUCGUGAAACAUAUUGGUAUAACUGAAGACACAGUUAUAUAUCCUCUAUGGCAUUCUGAUCUAUCAGAGUUUCUUCCCUUCGUUUCAUUCUGAUUUAUCAGAGAUUCUUCCCUUCGUUUCAUUCUGAUCUAUCAGAGUGACUUUCCUUCGUUUCACUUAAAACUGUUUUUUCAUAGUUACAAUGCUUCAAAAGCUGACAUUUUUCAAUGCGCAUAAUGUGUUUCACAGUGUUUAGCUACAAAAUGACACAAUGCUAUUGUUAUAAACUACAAAGAUAACUUGACUCCCACCUCAAGUAUACAUAUUUAUAUAUUGUAAUAUUAUACACGUUAUAACUAUAAUGUGCCUUGUAUGAGUGUGCAUGUUUGAACGUAAUUGAUGUUUAUCGUAAAUGGUGGUGUGGUCCUAUGACACGGAUUUGUAUUACAGACAAAGGGACACUAUAAGCGUGUUAGUAAUAUCAUUGCGUGUGAUGUGUAAUAUGUAAUGUGUAAUGUGAGCGCCAACAAUGAUGAGCCUGUUAUAAGUGAACGCAUUUAAACGUUCAACUGUGUUAACAUUUACCUGUGUUAGUACAUAGCGUGUGAACAUUUACCUGUAUUAGUACAUAUGUAGUGUGUGAACAUUUACCUGUGUUAGUAGUAAGUGAAUAUUUACACGAGUUAGCAUUGUGUGGAUAUUUACACGUGUUAGCAGUGUGUGAAUAUUUACACGUGCUAGUAGUAAGUGAAAUUUACAUGUUAGUAGUUUGUGAACGUUUACACGUAUUAAUAGUGUGUGAAUAUUUUCACGUGUUAGUAGUUUGUGAACAUUAACACGUGCUAUUAACCUUCAGACAUGAUGUUAAUGAACACAAAACACAGUUGUGUCGUCCUUCUAGGACUCGUAAGUGAUGUGAAUGACAUCUUACAGCUGUUUGGUUCUUCCAGGACUCGUCAAUGAUCAAUAUUAAUGACAUCAUACAGCUGUUUCGUCCUCUUAGGACUCGUCAUACAGUGAUGCUAGGGACACACAGCUAUUUCGCCCUACUAGGCCUCAUCAGUGAUGUUAAUGACAUCAUACAGCUGUUUCGUCCUUUAAGGAAUCGUCAGUGAUGUUAAAUACAUCAAACAGCUGUUGCGUCCUUUUAGGAAUCGUCAGUGAUGUUAGUGAUAUCAUACAUCUGUUUCGCCCUUCUACGAAUUAUCAUACAGUGAUGCUAGGGACAUUACAAAAAUGUUUCGCCCUUCUAGGACUCAUCAGUGAUGCGAUGGACAUCACAUAGCUGUUUCGUCCUUCUAUGACCCGUCAGUGAUGCUAGGAACAUCAUUCAGCUGUUUCGUCCUUCUAGGUAUCGUCAGUGAGGUUUUGACAUCACAGCUUUUUCGUCCUUCUAGGACUCGUCAGUGACACUAGGGACACCAGACAGCUGUUCCAUCCUUCUAUGACUCGUCAGUGAUGCUAGGGACACCAGACAGCUGUUUCGUCCUUCUAUUACUCGUCAGUGACAUCACAUGGCUGUGUCCACUCCAUAAACUGUGAUACUUUAUUCUUUAUAUCUUCUGAAACAAAAUAUCACUCCAUGGAGCAGACACUUUAUCAAUACAUUACGAUGUAACUAGAUAUCCAUUACAAUAUUGUCAGAACAGGCUUAAGAGAUAUAAAACAUUAUAUAUAUAUGCAAUUCAAUUAAGCAUUGAACUGUUUUUGUAUGGUAUUUAUGAUAUAUUUGAAUGCCAGAGCUUUGCAAGCAAACAACGAAAUGUGCGUGCGUUAGCACAUUAUGAUUUGUUUACUUGCAAAGCUCUGGCAUUCAAGUAGAUCAUAACUACCAUACAAAAACAGUUCAACGCUUAUAUUUACAUUCCUUUUACUGAAAAAAAAAUUUAAUGCUAUGAUUCAUAUUUAAAAUUCAUAAUUCCCGCCUUACCGACAGUCAGCAGAUUUUUGUCAGUCGUUGGAACAGCCAGAACAUAGUUGCGUGCUUUUUGGCAAGCAAGAUAGUACAUGGAAAAUUAAAAGAAAAAACUCAAUUUUGUUAAUCAUUUUAUUAUCAACGUAAUGCGCAAAUGGCAUAUUUUUAAUAACAAAUUAAUGUAGACAAAAUAAUUAGUCGUUAAACUGAAUUAUAAACAAUGUUUAUUGGAUAUUAUAGUUUCGGUUUGUGUUGUAAUAAUACACUGAUAAGAACGUACAUAAAUGCCAGAGCUCUCAAACAGACUAUAUAGUGACAAUGCCAGACAAAUGUAAAUAUCUAAAUUUAAAUUAUGAUUGUUAUACAAGUAUACAUAUAUACACAUAUGAAUGAUGUAUAAAUAAACCACAACUUGAAAUAUAGCUUAUAUUUUAAGUUACCUUCUGCCGGUUUGAUCAGUUCUUGCCAAACCCGAUAAGGGGAAAUUACUCCGUUAUCCUUGUCACAUAUUUUUUUUUUAUAUAAUUAUGACAAACUCUUAUUGUGUAACCUUUGUAUUGUUGAAUAUGAACUAUCCAAACUAAUGAUUAUCAUAUAAAGAAUAUUCCCUUGA